UCAGCAGCAAGUUCCAUGGAUUAAUGUAGUACUACUACGUAUUUGUUACUAGCAGCCUACUACCUUAAUGGCAACUGUUUACCAUUUAUCAAAGGGAAUAAUUGUCCCCCCCUUUCAUUCCCCGUAUCUUAAUCCCCCGUUGUCCGUCUCCUCCCUCCACCGCAGGCACACACACCUCCCUUUUUCAUUCGAGUUCGAGGAGAAGGCGGCGGAUGCGGCCAUGGAGCUCGACGAGCAGGCCUUCCUGGAGGAGAUCCUCUCCCUGCGCAGGGACGCCUGGGACUGCAAUGUGUCCAUGGGGGACCUCUUCGCCCCGGCGGCGGCCGCCGCCAUUGACUGCUCCUUCCACAACCAGCAGGCGCCCACCGUCAGCGUCCUCCCCACCUUCACCGCCUCCUGCGCCGAGCCGCCGGCCUUCGACUGCCUCAGCGAGGUCUACGGCGCCGCCGCCGCGUUCGGCGGGCCCAAUGCCGGCGACGAGAUGGCGUUCCUCCACGUCGCGGAGCCCAAGGAGGCGCUGCAGCUGGACAACAACGCCGGCCUCGGGGUGUGCAAGGUGGAGCCCGGCCUGGUGGAGAGCGACGGCGGCGGCGCCGCCGCGCCGACGCCCGCCCCUGCGGCGUCCAAGAAGAAGAGGGUCGAGGGGAUGCCGUCCAAGAACCUCAUGGCCGAGCGCCGCCGCCGCAAGCGCCUCAACGACCGCCUCUCCAUGCUGCGCUCCGUCGUGCCCAAGAUCAGCAAGAUGGACCGGACGUCGAUCCUGGGCGACACGAUCGACUACAUGAAGGAGCUGCUGGAGAGGAUCAAGCUGCUGCAGGAGGAGAUCGAGCAGCAGGGGGAGGCGCCGGCGGGCAUGCUCAGCGUCUUCCGGGAGCUCAACCCCAACGAGAUGGUGGCCAGGAACACCCCCAAGUUGGACGUGGAGCGGAAGGAGGGCGCCGACACCCGGGUGGAGAUCUACUGCGGCGCCAGCGCCAGGCCGGGGCUGCUGCUGUCCACGGUGAGCACGCUGGACGCGCUAGGGCUGGACAUCCAGCAGUGCGUCGUCAGCUGCUUCAACGACUUCGGCAUGCACGCCUCCUGCUCCGAGGGGGGACAAUGACAUCGCAGAUGCAGAGGGACAUGAUCAGCGCCGACGCGAUAAAGCAGGAGCUGUUGAAGACCGCUGGAUAUGGCGGAGGCUGCAUGUAGAGGGCAUGGCGCGGCUGUAGGAAGGAGAAGAAGAGGAGGAGCCGGAGCAGGAGGAGGCGGCAAUAAAUUAAGCUCUAUUAAACAGCGCUAGUAGCAAGGAGCAGCAGCAGUAUCGGUUCAGACUUCAGGUCCAGUAGCUGAAAAGGCAGGCAGGGCAUGAGGCCAGUGAAGAUAUGGCAUGGGGGACCUUUUUGCAAUCCAUUCUCCCCAUCAGAACCCACUUCGAGUUAGCAGUGUGUGUCCGCCACUCCGCCUGAAUCUUUCUCCUAUAUACUGCUGUAUUUAAUUAGCAAGAGCAAAGCUCUCACUGCCUUUCUAAUGAUUGAUCAGAAGUGCCUUUGGCGACCCCUUGUCUUUCUGGACAUCUAUAUAUAAUAACGUUCUUCAUUCAGCUC